AUGCCUGAUUCGGAGUUCCCAGGGCCCCCGACAUACUGGAAGGGCCCCUGCACUGACUGUAGGAAAACUGGGGGCCGACUGAUUGUUGAAUUUCCCCAACCCCGGGAUGGAUCCAUCCCCAAGAGGGGUGAUUACAGGGUUGUUGCAGGCUCCAAGGGGAUCAUUUCUGUGGAUCACUCGGCAAACUUAAAAGCCUGUACAAGUGCUGGCCAGGCAGGCCUCUGGCCAGAGCCGGCCAGGGAGGGGGAGCUGUCCCCAAACCCGCCCCCUCCUUCCUGGGGUCCCAGCACGCCCGCCUUCAAAAGUCUCCUGGGCAGCUGGCGAGCUGCAGCUGCAGGCGGCCAGUCAAGAAGGAUGCUGGGACUAGGAUCCGGAGGGGCCAGCGUGAAAUGCCCCUUUCUUGGCUGAUGCCACGGUCAGCUGGUACAGAGGGAGAGAAAUUGCCUCCCUUCCUCCCUCCUUUACCCUCCUUCCUCUCUGUCCCCAGACAACAUCUCCAGCCCCUCGGAGACAGUCACGCUGACGACUCAAGUGGCCAACACGUCGGUGACGUCACUCUUCACCCUGCUUCCGAGCCCCUAUCUCCUGCUUGGGAUCCCCAUAGGGCUGGCGGUGGUGCUGGCCCUGCUGUAUGGGCUGCUGGUGUGGGUGCUGCAGAGACGGCCGGCCGGAGCCCCGGUGGACACGGAGGCCGGCCCCGGCAUGGGGCCAGCCCAGGGUGAACGGGAAACAGCCCACAGAAAUGAAGCCCCCUGCAGGGUGGAUGGCGCUGCUGAGCCCCCCUCGGUGCCCUGCCCCAACUUCCCGGUGCCGGCCACAGAGCUGGGGGCCAUGGUGCUCGUCACCACCAAGACCAUCACUUCGGAGCUGUAGCGGAAGGACCUGGCUGUGAAAGGGCCGCUCCCCCCGGGAGCUCGCCGACCUCCUCCCUCUGGGGUCUGCCUGCAGAGAUGGCGGAGAAGUCACAAGAGCCGAUUCAAAUCUUGCUAUUCCAUAGUUACAGGACUUCGGGCCAGUCCUUCUCACCUCCUGAGUCAAACGGAGGGGCUGGGGGUGGGAGGAUAUACUUGUAAAGUUCCCAUCGGCCCCAAGGGGAUGAUCCUUCCUGGUCUGCCUUCCAAGCCCUUCUCCCUGACAAU